AUGUCCUCCGUCCUCGGUGACAAGGACGUCAACGCCGCCAUGGAGCAGCAGGCCAUCAAGGACGUUAAGAGCAUGGAGUACCAUCGCCAGGUGUUCCAGUCCAAGAUGGCGGCUGAGCCGACCAAGCAAUAUGUUUCUCCGUCGGAUAACAUCAUGAGCCCUUGCACGGCCAAGAUUAACGCAUUGCGAAAUAAGCAUGCUAGCAAAGCCAAGCCCAAGAGUCUCUUUGCCCAGGCGAGCGUUAAGAAGCUCAAUGGCGAGAAUGCCCUCGGCGCGCGAUCUAUCCAGCAGUGA